AAAGAAGUCAGCUCUCGUCUUUCUCUCGUACAUUCUUUGCGCGAAACGCAAACCCUAACCCGCUGGCUGCGAAUGUUCAUUGGCGGUUCUUCCAGGUGAUAUCAAUAUGGCUACACCAUUGAUGGCGGGGCUUGCUGUAGCUGCCGCUGCUUAUGCUGGCAGAUAUGGGAUCCAAGCCUGGCAAGCAUUCAAGGCAAGGCCACCAAGAUUGCGUAAAUUUUAUGAAGGUGGUUUCCAACCGACCAUGACUAGAAGGGAAGCCGCUCUUAUACUGGGGGUCAGGGAGAGAACUCCAACGGAUAAGAUCAAGGAAGCGCAUAGGAGGGUGAUGGUUGCAAACCAUCCAGAUGCUGGUGGUAGCCAUUACCUUGCAUCGAAAAUUAAUGAAGCAAAGGAUGUGUUACUUGGCAAGACCAAGGGAGGUGGCUCUGCAUUUUGAAGCUCAAUUUCCCCCAUCCACUUGUUCUCUUCCUUGACAGUUUUGACGAUAUCCUGUACCAAAAUUCAACGGAAAUUAUUUUGGUCUCUGAGCCAUCAUUUUUUCGACCUAAUUAUAUCAAGUGAUAAAUGAUUAAAUGUAACGCAUAAUAUUUCUUUUUCCGAUGAGGAAGCUUUGUAGUAACUGGGGUUGUGUCCCUGAGAGUUGAAGAGACCGUUGGUUAGAGUUAUUUCACUGGCGCUCGCAACAUCCUACCAA